GAAGUCAGCAGAGCUUAUCUUCAUUUACUUCAUGUUACUAAACCCAGGACCCUGGCAUCCCGCAUUCACUAUAUCUGGUCUCCCACAGACCCUACAUCCACUAUAUCUGGUCUCCCACAGUACACAGAACAUGGAAGUGCAAUUAUUUUAGUAAAUAUAAACUGCUAAAUAUCUUUUCUCAUGAGCAGUUAGAGCAGUCUUGUAACUUCUAUCAGUGAUCAGCAGAACACUGGUUAAAGCUUGUAGGAGGAGUUUUCAUUCUUCCCUA